CAGCAUCCUAACAAGUCGGGAGGAGACAGCCUAUCACCGCUGUCCUCAGCUCCAGCUGGACGUGCGCAUCAGCUCUCCCCACUUCCACCAGAGGAAAUUACACGGCAACGGCUGAUCUGAAGGAGGUGUGACUUGAAAUGACUGUUUGAUCGUCCCCCCGCCUCGCCUCCGCCGCGGAACCCCGGCAGAUUUUCGAGGAUGAGCGGAUGAAACCGCAGCCAGAGUGCCGACAGGUAACGAUUAAAGGUGACCGGACGGGACAAAGCGUCGGGACUCGGCCGUGAGGUGAACUCCUCCCGGGAGCGCAGGCUCGCCGCUUGGUCGGGACUGCCUUACGUAACUGAGCUGUGGGGGGGGAGGCUGGCAGGGAAACCGCUGCUGCCGAGCUCCUAAUCACAACCACGAAACGCAGGUGAAGAGAGAAGAACCCAGCCACAGCUUUGACCAUCCACUCAGCAUGAUCGGUGAGGACACUGCCUCCCAUCACCAGUGAGUACACUGAGAUGACUGAGGACCACAGGCAGGGAGGAGGGGCUGUCACCGUGGAGGCCGAUGCCAUCCUCCACACAGUGAACUCUGACUUUGUCACACUUACUGACAAAAACAGGAAUUUAUGUCCAAGGUUUGUCCAGGGAUUCCUGCAGGAUGAGCCGGGGUUCAGCCCUCCCCCAGUGUUUGAAAAGGAAUACCUGCUGGAUGGAAGAUUGAUGGAGAAUAACCACAUUGAUAACCAGAAAGGUGGCAGCUCGUACAUCUCAAAAGCUGAUCAGUUUCACCUUUCAGGUAAUAGGGAAAGUCCAGAAGCCCCUCCUCACACUGACACCUAUCACAUUGCUGGCAUGCAGCAAAACUGUGCAGGUGGUGAAAUCCGCAAUGGCGCCCAAGCUAAAGUGCCCUACGGUGCAGAUUCCUCCAUAUGCCAGGCCAAACAGGAAACUGAUCAGCCAGUUCUAAAAUCAAUCCUUGUGCACAGGGACAGCAGCCAGGAAGCUGGAAACACACAGCCCAAAACUGAGCCUGACUUAGUCAUAGAAGUAGGCGGGCAGACGAUCAACGCUCACAAGUCCGUCCUCGCUGAGAAGAGUGACUACUUUAAAGCACGGCUGUCACGCAGCAUCCUGAAAGUGAAGGGCAUCAGCUAUAAGACUCUGUCUACACUUAUAGACUAUGUUUACACAUCACGCAUCAGUGUUAGCAAAGACAAUGUUGUUGAUGUCAUCACGGGGGCUAAAAUCCUGCAGAUCCCCUGUGCUGUCCAGGCAGCUAUGGACUCCAUGUCUGAGCAAAUCACUGCAGAGAACUGCUACGAGAUUCUUACCAUCGCCAAGAAACAGCGGCUGAGUGAACUGAAGGAGACUGCCUAUGGAUUCAUGAGCGACAACUUCCUCCAGAUCCUCAAAGACCCUGCCGUCUAUGGACGUCUGACGGGAUCUGAGAGGGAUCUGAUUCUGAAGAAGAGAAUGGAGGGGAGAAAGACUCUGAUGGUUGCAGAGAUAAACGAUGUGUUUGAUCGAGUUGGAAGCCGGCCACCGAGUCGCUGUGGCAGCCGGCCACAGAGCCCCCUGUCAGUGGGGUCUUUGGAGGAGAACCAUAUGAUUUACUACUUUAAAGAGACAGCCAAUGACUGGAGACCUUUGACUGUGAUGCCUGAGGACAUAAACACUAAGGGGUGUGGGAUCUGCACCAUGUAUAACUACCUGUUUGUGGCAGGGGGAAUAAAGGGCUAUGGGGACAAAGGCAAGGUUUCAGACAAGGUCUUCUGUUACAACCCUGUAACCAACCGCUGGGCCGAGGUCAGACCUCUGAACCAGGCACGUGCCCAGCUCAAGCUGGUAUCUAUGGAUGGCUAUCUGUAUGCCAUUGGAGGGGAAUGUUUGUUUACAGUGGAAAAAUAUGACCCUCGAAUGGACCGCUGGACAACAGUAGCCCCCCUGCCCAAGGGAGCCUUUGCAGUGGCCCAUGAAGCCACCACCUGCAGUGGAGAAAUGUACGUUUCAGGUGGCUCUCUCUUCUACCGCCUCCUUAAGUACGACCCUAAGAGGGAUGAGUGGCAGGAGUGCCCCUACAACAACAGCAGGAAGAAGUCCACCGACAUGGUGGCGCUGAAAAGCUUCAUCUACCGCUUUGACGUCAGCCGCGAGCAGGGAAUCAACGUCUUCAAGUACAACACCAUAGUGAAAAUGUGGCACGACUGCAUGUCCCAGAGGCUCGGGAGUCACCUACCUUUCAGGUGCGCCGUCAUCGGGAACUGCAUCUACUGCGUGAACAAAAGCCAGACUCUUCAGUUUGUAGUGGAAGAGGAUAACGCCUACUUUGUUGAGGAGACGCUGAGGGCACCUCUGGAGGCAAAAGGCGUUCUUUUUCCUUUUGUCCUCACUUUGCCCGAAAAGCCUGAAAGAGUUGCAUAGCGUGUGUGUGUGUGUGUGUGUGUGUGAGAGAGAUCCAGAAUAACACAAUAAAUGUGUCAUAGCAAACUGCAAUAAGCAGCAGACCUUAUGUAAACUCUUCAAUGUCAGCUUUCUAUCAUUGCCUGCUUGAAUGUGUGUAUUUGCAUGGCAGUUUAAUGCAUCUGCAGGGUGAAGCCUUAAAAAGAAUCCUUUUUUAAUGUUGAAUGAAUGCAACAAUAUUAGUAUGUGACUGUAGAUCAUGACAUGAUGAAAGUGAUUAUUUUGUGUGUUAAUAUUUGUUUGGUGACCUUUUGUAGUUUUAGAUAUUAUUUAGACUAUAUUAACUAGCUGACCUGUGACUGCUAACACAAGCGAGUGUUUUAUUGAAAGCUGUAUUUUAAUAAGAUGGAAGCUGUUUUAGUGUGCUUUAUGAACGGUGCAGCACAGGUUCUAUGCAACGAGUGUGAAUACGCGAGUGUUUCUGCUGUGACGCUGUCAGUACUUCAAACACACGUGAUCACUUUAUGAUCGGUAAACUCUUCAAAACCACCCAAAUAUUGUACCCACCGUACUAAAGCUAAAGCUUUAUAUUUAUAAAUCAGACAAUUAAGCCAUUAUGAUCAAACAUUUAUAGAUUACAUGUAUUUUUAGAUUCAAAACUAUUUUGCGUAUCAUACGUGCUCAUUUCUACAGUUGGCCAAAGAUUCUGUGAGGCUGUAUUAAAAUGAACACAGUCACAUCUUUUAUGGAUGAAUCACUUUAUUUUGAAGCAUUUCACUGCACUUAUGUCACUACAGGAAAAUCUUAAAGCAAUAUUUGUUUGUGUACAGGGAAGGCCUCGUCUGCUGCUCACAGGCACGUUCAGGAAAGUUUAAGAAUGCAGGUACACAAAGAGCCUCUCCCAGUAUGUGCUUCAUGCCACACAUUUCUAUCCACUUGCCAGCAGCUUAGUUUAAUUAAUGGUUAGAUUUCAGGUCAGGGGUCAGAUCUAAUAGUACAGUGCUACAGCACAGUCAUUGCCUUCAGUGAGUCUGCUAACAAAGAAAUCCUGGUGAUUCUACAACACUAAUAAGCCAUGUUCUUCUUGCAUCUGUGCACAUUAAUGUUCAUGCUACUCUUCUUUUAGACAGUGUUUGUGGUUGCUUCAAUAACACAGUGGGCGUUUUGUAUGGAAGCCUGUGCUGAUAUAUUAUUAAAACAAAUUGCUUUUGAUAAUGUUUGUAGAAGUGUGUCUGAUGCGACUCUGACAAAAAUGGAUGUGGUCUUGAUAUUCGGCUGGAAUCAGUAGAUGUUGUGAAUCUCUGUGGGGAUCGUGGUCGAUGGAUCUGCUGCUGUGACGGUCGGUAAAUUAAUGUAACGCAAGGCAACGGCUUCCUGUUCAUGGCAUUUGGAGUGGGCUAAGAAACGAGCUGUGGGAUAAUGUAUAUCAGUCAAAACUAAGUGCUUCAAAUAAAAUAUUUUAUGUCUGAAA